UCUUUCUCUCUCCCUCGCUCGCUCUCUUUCUCCCCCCUCUCUCUCUCUUUUACACGCGUCUCAGUGAAAGCCUCUCACAUUCCCACGAGCAGCGCGCUUUAAAGGAAUUGGAUGAAGCUUCCGCGUCUCUCUCUCUCCGGCUCAGAGGAAUAAAAACAUUCCAGUUUCCUCUACUAAACGAUUUUCUUCAAACGCAACAACUUGCAGCUGAGAUUUUCUGAACAUAGUAGAUCUCUUUCCCUCUCUUUAUACUCGUUUUUGGACGCAAAUAUCGGGAAAGCACGAGUUUUACGCGUAAAAGCCAGAAAGGGACUUCACAUCAGCAGCUUUGGGAUUCAUUUUGCCUAAAUUAAACAUUGGAUAUUUUUUCUCUAUGGGAAUUCAAAAAUGAGCUUUUGCGACUUUAAAAUCGGGGGAAUGUUUUUUUUCCUCGAGUCGUAAUAAGGAGCGUAGGCUACUCGUUGAGCACACGUUUUCUCCGGAAACAGCGUUUCCGCGUCAACAGCUUAGACUCUUUGAAAGCUCCCAAACCGAAUUGGACUCUACUCCUUACUCCAAACCUGCACACGAGCUCCUGUCAGCUGAAUUUUCUCCGGCAUGGCAUUUCAGUGGAAGUAGCUUUCAAAGUGGAAGAUGGCUUUGUCCUCCCCUCAGGUUCCAGCCUAAUCCCCCCUCCGUGCCUAAUGGCACAGUGACACACUCAGCUGUUAGCAAAGGUUAAGAAUGGCAGCAGCAGGUGUGCUAACUGGAUUGGCUAAGCUAAAACGGCAAGACUCCGCCCGCUCUCAUAACCGGAACUUACAUGCAACGCCAGGCCAGGGAAAUGCCCCAGAAGCUGCCCCCAGAAAGCGGAAACGACGCACUGAUGUUGUCAUAGUACGCGGCAGGCUACGCCUCUACUCUGCCUCCGGAUUUUUCCUCAUUCUUGGACUGGUCGUAUUAUCCGUAGGGAUCGCCAUGGCGACGCUGGGUUACUGGCCGCACCAUAGAAACAUUCCCUCGGAAAGAUCGGCAACUGGAAGAGGAGCUAAAACGUCUGCAACAGGGGAAGGAAAUGCAGCCAAGAUCCCCUUCACAGAUGAGGACGUGGCUAAUUCCAGCAAGGGUCAAAUUGUUCCAGGUACGCCCUCUAAGCAGAUCGCAGGUGCUCUGGCACGGUUCCUGGAACAGCACCGUCACUCUGAGCGGAUGAAGAUGUUCGGGCCAUUCACAAUGGGCAUUGGGAUUUUCAUCUUUAUCUGUGCUAAUGCCAUUCUUCAUGAAAACAGAGAUAGAGAAACUAAGAUAAUCCACAUGAGAGACAUGUACUCCACCGUCAUUGACAUCCAUCGCCUCAGGCAGAAAGAGCAGAAGCAACACCAUCACAGCAACAGCGCCUUUGGAAGGGAAGUUGGGGAUCUUCGGGCAUUUGGAGCUGAUAACGCAGGACGAUUGGGCAGUAACUCCCUCCUGGCGUUCUCCAAUCGGUCCGGCGGGUCGGCCGAAGAGGAGGAGGUGCUGCUAGGGGACGAGGAGUCUCACCGACACGGGGGGCAGGCUAAACUGGAUUGUAGCUUUGCGGGGCUGUUGGCACCGCUCUACAAGGAUCGCUCUUACCGCGGCCCGGGGCUCGGGAGGGCUCACUCGGACGCGGUACGCCACCAGUGGUCGGUGGAUGGAGAUGGGGAGAAAGGAGGACACCAUGCACGCUCCAUUGUCUCCUCCUCUCUCUCUGCAUUUAAUCUACCGGUUAUAAAACUCAACAACUGUGUAAUUGACGAACCGGAGAUGGAGGCGAUCACUGAGGAAGAGAGAGGAAGAGAGCGGAGGGACGGAGAGAGGUUGAAGCCUCUGAGCUCCAUGGAGUCUUUGGUGGUUCCUGUACCAUCUGUUGCCAAGGCCUCCAAACCGCCGGGCUUACACCGGAGUAACUCGGCCUCCUCUUCCUCCCACUGUUCCUCCGUCUCCUCUUGCUCCCUCUCCCCCGCCCCCUCCUCUACCUCAGGCUGCUGGCUCUCCCCGGGAGCAGCAAAGAGCGACUUUGGCUCCAACUCCUCCUUGCACAUGGUCGGCAGCCACUCCAAAUCUCUGGAUCUGGAGCGCGGGCCGAGCAUGCUCAGCGUUCACCCGGAGCAGCGGAAACACCCCAGCUGGCCCCGCCUCGACCGUAGCAACAGCUGCCGUAGCAACGGGGGCAACCACCUAAGCAGUAAAGGCUACACACGGCUGGAGGACAGGGAGGACCAAGGCGAGCGGCUGUUAGAUGCGGCUGUGAGGCGCGACUACAGCAAGCGGGACAAGCUGCUAAUGAUAUCCAGGUCGCAUAAUAAUCUGAGUUUUGAGCGUGACGACUUUAACAGCAGUACGCUGAAGAGGGGCAGCUCCGAGACUCGGUUCUGAAGAGGCUGAACUGAAGGUUGCCGGUCUUGUUCUGUAAACGGCUCUCCAGACUGUUUGAGAGUACAGUGCGCUUGUGUCAGGGGGAAACUGAUGAGUUUAACAGCUGGACCCGGGAAAGAGUAAACUCAAAUGUGGUUUAAAGGACACUUUUUGGAAAGCAUGGGGUGAUGGACCAUCUUGAAAAAUCAAAGGUUCAGGCCUCGGCUGAAUGCCUGCUGUGCCAGGUUAGAGGUGCUGUUCUGUAUCUGACCCUGACCUGUGACUUCCCUGGAAAGAGAUGCUCCCUACAGGGAUCAUUACAAUGAUUUACAUAACAUUAAAAUUCUACUUUAUAAAAGUGCAGUUCUAAAAUGUAUUUCAACAGGUUCUCAACCCUGAGACUUCCCUGCUGUUUCAUUAUAAACAGGUUUUGGAAAAUGCUUUUCGUUAAGUGUUACAAGGUUUCAUUCAAGGACAUGCUGAAAGCGCUUCGAGCUGGUUUCUUUCCCAGCAGGUGGCUGUGACGCAAAGAUAAAUCUUUUAUAACAAAGAUCUAGGCACAAACUGCAAAAUUCUCAGGAGCAGUUUAUUAUCAGAAAGAAGAGAAUCAGAGACAUACAAUUUGUUUUAAUGAUAUUUGCUUGUAGGAAACCUUUGAAAACAAAACUACAAAGAGCUUCAUAUGGUUGUAUAGACUGAUGGCAUAUUCAACUGAUAGUAAUUGUGUUAACAUUACAAAGACCAUGAUUGACUGCAGUGACAAUGUCCAAAACACAUAGAUAUAGUGGUGAAGUAUUUGUUUUAAAGGUGUUGUUUGUUUGCUAGAGAUCCACAUAGGUCGGACAAAACCAGUUGCUAAAACGUCAAUAAGCUACAGCCAAGAUAAGUUAUAUCAAGAUGCUAUAAAAUACAAUAACAGAGUCCAUGUUGUUCUGCAGUCACAAUGUUGCUGCCCUAUCCCCGUGAACUUCAGCAAAGUGUAAUGUCCGCUACUGAAAACUACAAGUAACAAUCUUUGUCUUUGGCUGUGCUACAGGCAUAUUGACUUUUUUUCAUGUAUUGACUUCACUCAGGAUAUGCAUUGUAUUAUCCAUGUGUUGUUCAUUUCCGUAGACCUAUCCACAAACUUAUUCAGUAUUAGAGGAAGUCCUAAUAUGUGAAUACUAAUAAACUAGAAGACAGCCAAAAUGAUGAUAAAUCAGGGCUGUAACUAAUGUUUAUUUUCAAUGAUAUUCUAUGAAAUGAUGACAAAUAAUAAUCACAUCUUAGGAAUUCCAGUUUGAUAAAUGACUUAGCCUAAUGAAGAGAAUAGCGAUUGGCUCUUUACUUUUGGAAAAAACUAUAUUUUAGACAGAUAUCAGUUUAAAAGAGUGUAUCAGACUGCCAUUGCAUUCCAGCAAUCAGUAAAUCAAUGCAUUUAUCUUGUGCUAUCUGUAAAUCCGUCAAGCUUUAAAAUUAAAGUCCAACCGAGCUUAAGUAACAUUUUCUUGUCUGUUACAGAAUACAUAUCUGCUCUUUAUCAACAACCCACAUCUAGCUUAGUUUCGUAGCUUCCCUAAAAAACAUUUAAACGUACAUCUUGUCCUUGCUGAAAGGGCAGCCGGACAAAGAUUCACUGCUAAUAAGUUUGCAGGCAAGAAAGCUUGAGCUUCUCUGCUUUGGUUGGACUUUAAAAUGUGAGCCAAACUGUUUUCCGCUACAGCCCCACGUGUUGCUUUUAUAUUUAUUUAUUUUCUCUGGGAUGAUAUUAACCAUGUGCUAAUGAUUGCAGUUUGGAAUUCAGGAAUUCAGCUACUGAGCAACAUAGUAAUAAUGUCUCAGCAUAUUUUGUUAUAAACAUGUGUGUCGUCCAGAACUGAAUAUCUGAAGACAUUGCUGUUUCUAUCUUCAGUAUGUGAACUUUUAUGAUGCCUAAUACAUUUGACCAGAUUAGUCCAUGUACUUCAAACAUUCUCUGUGCUACCUUAAAUGCAACACAUUUUGAAUGAUGAAACAUCCACAUCGAUGGAGCCCUUUGGUGUGAAGGAAUCUUACCAGAGUAUUUCAUAUACUGGUUCCAAAGCAGUUUAUUGGUAAAUGUUUAAAAUAAAUUGUAUUUUCACUGAAA